CCAUAAUCAGAUUUCACUCUAAACCACAUGACAGUCUGUACCUUAGUAUUAGUACAAAGACUAUAGCUAGCUAGCUAGCUACUGCAUGUACUACACAGAGUUGAAUAGCAAGAGCUAGCAGUUAUAGAGGGUGCAGUUCCCCAUGGCCAGUGAGGACAGUAACAGAGUGGUUGGUGUAGCUCUGUGUGGGUUUGGGAGAGCAGGUCAGAUCCACUUCCAUGGUAUACGACAGAAUCACCACGCCAGACUCAAGUAUGUGGUGGACAUGAUCGGAGAGGAGGGUGUGCUGGAGAGAAUUGCCGGGUGUCUGGCAGAGUAUCAUAUGACCCACGUACAACCAGUCAGCAAGGAACAGUUUGAUGAGAUAGUUCUCAAGGACCCUGAAGUGGAGGCCGUUGUUGUGGCCACUCCGACCGACUCCCACGAGUACUACGUGCGCAGAGCCCUGGAGGCGGGGAGAGGCGUGUUCUGUGAGAAACCCAUCGCUGGUAACAUUAGAGACGUCAGUGCCUGCUACGAUAUCGCCGAGAAGAACGGGCGACCUCUGUACUGUGCCUUCAAUCGAAGAUUCGACGCUGGCAUGCGAAACGUGUACAAUCAAGUGAGAGCAGGGAAAAUUGGACGCGUGUAUCAGAUCAAGACUUGCAGUAGGGACUCCCCCCUUCCCUCGCUGGCCUAUCUGAAGAUCUCGAAUGGAAUGUUCCAUGAUUGUGCAGUACACGAUAUAGACAUGGUGUGCUGGGUGGUGGGGGAGCAACCUGUGAAGGUGAUGGCUGAGGGGAGUGCUUUUGAUGAGGGAAUACGAUCCAUUGGAGACGUCGACACUGUUGCUAUCAUCCUCAAGUUCCCGAGUGGAGUCAUCGCUACUAUUGACCUGAACAGGCACUCUAGCUACGGCUAUGACCAGCGACUGGAGGUGCUGGGAGAGAAGGGUAUGCUCCGUGUGGAGAACGUGAGUGAGGAUUCUGUCUCUCUCUCGGCAAAUGGUGGGGUCACCAUGAAGCCCCUCCUCUAUUCUUUCCCUCAACGCUACGAGGCGGCCUAUCGUCUGGAGCUGGACCACUUCAUCACACUGCUACGAGACCCCACCCAGCCAUCGUGUGUGACUCGGGAACAGACGUUGCUGGCUACUAGAGUGGCUGAUGCGUGUGAGGUGUCUCUGAAGGAGGGGAGGGCAGUUGACCUCUGACCUCAUCAACACACCACCUGCAGAGAACUCUGAACUAUGUGUUUAUAUAUAGUUGUGUACCUUGCAAUUGUACAUGUAAAACAGUUUUAAAAUUUGAAAUUCAUAAAUAUUCAAAUAAUGAUGAUAAUCAAGUGAUUCGAAAGUGA